UCACCAUCCACCCCAGGCCACUCCGACGACCACUUACUUGCCACACCGCGCCAGAACGAGGCAGUCCCCUCUCUCGGCCAGAAAUUAUUCGCGCAUCUGGAUUUUUUCGGCGGAGAGCGAGACAAACCAAAGCUGGACACGAGGAAGCCAAGCCCAAAGGUUCGGUCAGUCGCUUAUCUAUCUGCCCGACGUCGAGGGCACACACAGAAGGAAAAAGGCAGGCAGGCAGGCAGGCAGGCAGGACGAACCUGCGUGGAGCUUCUGCUUGGAUAGACAGACAGACCCACGCACACAUCCCGCACGCACGCGAGCAGUGCCGAUGUACAUUGGAUACAAGACCUUGAAUAUGCAGCAACACCGCUCACAACCCAUUUAAGACCACACCUCCGUGGCACAUCCUGGCCUGCCCCCCCGUUCACGGUACACAAGCUUCUUCGUCAGAUCCAAGAUCCAAGUCCAGGUUCGAGUUCCAACAAGCCCUGGGUCCCGGAACACAUGGGGUCAUCGACUUCGGUCAGCUGCCCUUGCCGUCCGCGAACCUGCUUCCAGCCGCACAUUCGCCCUGCAGCAGUCUGCGAGCCCACAACCACCGCGCCACAGGGCAAGCUGGUGACGUUUCGCAGCAUCCUUCCCAAGACUGAGUCGGUGCUGCUUUGACUUGUUACCCGGCCUGAGAACGCCAGGUCAGAAUAAGGUUGAUUUGGCCAGUCGCGUGUGGGUUUUGUGUCGUGCCUGCGUCGAGGGCGGCCCGAGGACGAGCCCUGCUGUGUUUUCAUCAGCUGCACGCCGAGCACUUGGGCAAGUCCCCUGCUCUGGGCUCUGGUCACCGAGAAGGUCGCCUUGCCCUUGCCCUUAAUCACACUCGACUGUCCAUGUGGCCUCGCUCGGUCCUACAGACGUCACGGGCUGUAUAGCUCAAACCUCGAGGUCCUCUGGAGAUGGCACACGGGCCCGCUGGACCUCUCAUAUCUAGACCACCUGCGACCUUCCUUCGCCGCUGGUAAUACAGCACUGGUUUGUUCCCCUCCACCGCGCAACAUACAAUCCAACAUGGCUUCCGAGUUCCAGGCCCAAGUCUUCGAAAAUGGCCAGUGGGUCAUGAGGGACAUGAACGUCCACGACGUCCUGAACAAGCCCACCAUGAAGCCGCCCAAGCCAAAACAACAACCACCCCAAUGUGGCAUUAUGACCAGGACUCUGGUCGAAAGUCCAGUUGCCCAUUGGAUCCUCUCCGUGCGACUGCGUUCCCCUCAGCACAAUGAUAUCGCAAUAGUUGGCGACCACUACGUGCAAAUCUCAGAGCUUCAGGAUGACCUACAGCUACAUAGCGUCGCCAAGAAGAAAGACUUCGGGUCUCGAAUUCGCAAUGCCAAGGUCAUUGGCACUUUCAAUCGCGAUGACAUCGACGCCAGCAGGUUCCAAGCCAGCCGAUCGCAUCCAAGGCAACCGGAAGAUGACAUUGACGUGGGCAUGUCGGAUCUUUCCACCCCAGUGUCGUCCCCAAACCCGCUGCAAUUACCCCCACAAUUGCUCCUGGUCGUCUUGGAGACUGGCGACUGCAUCUUCUUAUUCCUGAGGCCUGCAAAGGAUGGGUCUUUCGAGUUCGCUGCGUUACAACACGAAAUCGAUGCCACGCGCCUUGUUCGCCCCGGUUUCCACCUGGCAGUCGACCCGAGCUCGAGAUACGUGGCACAGGCGUGUUCCAGGGACAUCUUCGUCGUCCACGAGCUUGAAUCGAUGAGCAGCCUCAACAAUUCUUUCACCCACGGCCAUCCAAUGGCGCCGGUCAAAUCCUCUUUUCCACGUUCUGUCAAUGGCACAAUACAGACCAUGGAAUUUCUAUAUCCGAGGCCACAAGACCCCCACCACAUCAUCCUGCUGCUCAUAGUGGUCAACAGAGGCGACCCCCGGAUGAUCACCUAUGAUUGGUACCUAGGAGAUGAUGUCGGAGAGGCUCUGAGGGUGGAGAAGGUGGGCCACCGGUUACCUAGGAACCACGAGAUGCCACUUCUCAUCAUCCCGCUGACUAUAUGCACGGCUUUCUUGGCUGUGUCGGAGGGAGAAAUUGCUCAGUGCAGAGACAUCCUCCACGGCGCCCCUACUUUUGAGCAGUGCAAUGUCCGGGAUUUUGACCCAUCAGAGCAUCAUGACGGGUCGCAACCGCCAUUGUGGACGGCUUGGUCCAGGCCUCCACGACUCUCGAGGUUCCAUCCUAAUAACGACCACGUUUAUGUUGCGAGGGAGGAUGGACUCGUCUUAUUCCUGGAGUGUGACUCGGAAAAUAUACUUGGGGCUCACUUUAAUCACGGAACCUUUUGCAACGUUUCCACUGCUUUCACAAGCCUUUCGCACCAUAACGACGACAUACUGGUGUUCGGAGGAGACUCGGGGCUAGGGGGCGUGUGGAAGGCACCUCCUAGGGAGCAGGUUGUUCGGCUCAGUCAGAUCCCAAACUGGUCACCGACUGUCGAUUUCGUCACAACAAACGAUUCUCGUCGCUGGGAUGACCAUACCGGUGCUACAGGGAAAAAUGGAACAAGUCUGCAAAAUGAGGCCGAUGCUCUAUCGUCUGGCUUUACUAAACCCGAUAGAAUAUUUGCUGCUGCUGGAAGAGGGCGAAAUGGUUCGAUAGUGGAAUAUCGACAUGGCCUGCGGGCGAACAUCGGCAUAGAUUUCGACAUCGGCACGGUUGUCAAACGUUGCUUCAUGCUUCCGGCCAAUGUUUCCGAGCCCGAGUACGGCCAUCACUUGCUCUUGUCACUCCCUGGCAGGUCUGCCCUCUUGCGAUUUGACACGGAUUUCUCUACUACCUAUGACGUGGAACCAGACGAAACUCUCUACGACAUAUCCUCGCCGACACUCACAGCCAGGCUGGUCUCCGAGGAGCUCAUUGUCCAGGUCACAGAAGACGGAAUCGUUCUCAUCAACUCAUCCUCGAGCAAACAAUUUCCGUUUGUCGCCAUGGGUCUGCACGGCGCGGUUGUCACAGACGCUACUGUCAAGGGAAACAUGCUUGCAGUCACGUCGCACGUGGACAACGUCUUUGAACUGCAUACGAUACUACUCGACGGUUCCAACCUUGAGGCUCGCCACCUUCACAAGGAACCAUUCCAGGGCGAAGUAACAUCCCUCGGGCUCUGCGACAUCGGAGGAAAGACCCAUGCCGUUGCCUGUUUAUGGCGGGAUAAUGCUGUCUUCCUGGACCUGUACAGUAUCCAGGACAGGGCGCACGUGAAGACCAUUUCCAUGCAAUCUCUUGCCGAGAGUCUAUCUCCAGAUGAUGUCAAAAGGGGCAUGGCUACGAACAUCGAACCUUUCACAAGCAUCGUGCCAGUUAUUGAGAACCCAGCAAGUAGUGUUCUGAUUGCUGGGAGCCGGGACGGGUUAUUGGUUACGCUAAGCCUGGACAGUACUUGCGAGGUUGUGUCAGCAUCUCUGGAGAAGGAGGGCUCCGUACCGGCCUACGUUUAUGAGGCGUCUGGCGGGUCGGCAUUUGUCUGCUGUGAUGCAAGUUUCACACUCAUUGGCGACUACCAAGGAGGCACACGAGGCUUUGCUAAGAAACAUAGUAUCUGGACUGUGGAUGCGAACGACAGCAGCAAGCUCGCCCCAAGAAUUACCUCUGUCAUGGUACUGCAGGAGAACUUUUCUGGAAACUCUGCCAACAAGCCACUUCUACUGCUCGCCACGGACCAUGUCUUGCUUGCCGAGUUGCAACCAGAAGUCGGACCUGUCCAGCGACAAAUGCCCCUGGGCAUGACACCCCAAAAACUCCUUUAUUCGCACAUCCUCAAGUGCUUGGUCGUCGGCGCAAGAACGCUUGAUGACAGACCCACGCUGAGAUUUAUCGACCCUGACACCGGUGAAGACCUCUCGAUCCAUCUAGACGGAAACACCAGAGAGGAAACCGUGUUCAUGAAGGGGCUGGGGAAGAUCGGGGACCGGAUCCUCUGCCUGGACGAGUGGCACGUCCAGUCCAAGAACAACAACUUCUACUACAUUGUUGUGACAACACACGGCGGCCCAUCAGAUGGAGGCAGGGUUUUGAUUGUGUCUGCAAAAGCUGAGCGACCAGUAAAUGGGGAACGCCGUGGAAGGAUUUCCUGCUUCACCCGGCACUCGAUAAAGGGGCCAAGGCAGCCCGUUUAUGCUGUAGCCACGGCGGGCAACAAGAUCCAAGCCACCUUCCUCUCGGAACUCGUCUACUACAAAUUGGACGACCAAGAGAAGAGGCUCAAGCACAUUUCAACCACACAGCUGGACUCAGAGGCAUGGAAGCUGAGCGUCCUCCCGAAUUCGCCACAUACUCUCGCACUGACGAAGCGGGACUCCCUAUGGGUGCUAGAAGAAGGCGAAAAGGAGGGCGACCCCUUCGAAGUACGCCAUGUCGACCCUUAUACCCCACACGGCCUAGACAUGCUCGAGGUGGCCGGGGCCUGGCCCCCACCGCCACAAACGGCGGGAUCGACCGAGCCGCCGCCGUCGAUCGUGCUCAUAAGCGACCAGGAGUGCGGCCUCAGCGGGCUCUGGAUCCCAUGGGACUCGCGCAACAAGGACUGCGAGGUGCUCUUCGAGACGGACCUGCCGUCGACGGUGCGGCGGCUGCGGCUGGGGCGGACGCUGCCGUCGUGGUCGCGGGAGGCCCGGGGCGGCGGGUCCCACGGCAACAACAAGCGGUUCGGCUUGCUGUCGGCGUCGGCCAACGGCGCCGAGAUCCUGGGGAUGGGCAUCGACGGAUCGCUGCAGCACUUCACGCUGCUGGACCUCGGGGCGUGGCGGUUCCUGCGGUUCCUGCAGAACAUCUCGGAGACGUCGCCGGAGCUGUACCCGUUCACGUACAUGCAGUUCGGGUCGGCCGAGGAGGAGGGGGCGUUUGACCCGCGGCCGCUGGCGGGGUCGUCGUCCGGGUAUGGGUUCGGGUCGGGCCCGAACAGCGGGAGCGAGACGCUGGAGCGGCAGGUCGACGGGGACCUCAUGCGGCGGAUCCUCGACGGGCGGGUCCUGGAGGGGCUCGUCUGGUCCCGGCUGGAGUGGGUGGGUUACUUUAUGGAGUAUCUUGAUGGGGUUGAUGGGGGGAGGUGGACGGAGGGGUUUAGGCGGGGUGGUGGUGGUGAUGGUGUUGAGGAGGAGGGGGAUGAGGGGGACAACGGCAACAGCAAGGAGACGGGGAGGUCGAGGGCGUACCUCCGGCUCGCGUAUGAGAUUCUGGAGUAUUUCCUUGUGCCGAUUAUAUGAGGCAGGCAGGCAGGCAGGCAGG